GCGCGAAUUGCCGCCCUCUGGGCCGUCUCCAUGGAAACCAGUAAAUAAAUGGCGGCCGCCAGGCCUGAGCGGGGACGGGACCGAUAGCGGAGUUCCCUCUGUCUGCUCCUUCCUUAUCACAGCUCAUGGCGGGCGGCGAGCAGAACGGGGGAGAAGGCAUCCUCGGGGAGCCGCUUCCUCCUUCUCACGAGUCGCCGCAGCCCCUCACUCAGGGGUUCCCCCAGGAGCAGCCCCAGCCCGGCCCGCCUCACGGCGAGGAUGAGCAGGAGGAGGACGGCGAAGAGGAAGAGUCAGAGCGCUCAGAGGAGCGGCUGAAGGGGGUGUUGGAUGAAGACACCGCUGCUGAGGGACUCCACACCUUGGGCUACUCAGCCCCUGGGACUGAAUAUGCUUAUCUUCAUCUGUCACUUCCAGGUCGAGAGCUGAGUGACAUCAGCAUUCUCUCUGGAUACAUUCACCUGCAGAAAAUGGAGCUUUCCUCCAAUAAAAUUAAUGAUCUUUCCUGCAUCAGUCACAUGCCUUAUUUAGUAGAGCUGAAUGCUUCCAAAAACAAACUGACCACAUAUUUCAGUUUUAAAGCACCUAAAAACCUCAAGGAAGCAGAUUUUUCACACAAUCAAAUCCCAAAAAUGCAAGAUUUGUCAGCAUAUCACUCACUCACCAAACUCCUGCUGGAUUUUAACGAGAUUGAGGAGAUCCGAGGGCUGGAGAAGUGUCACAGCCUGAGCCAGCUGGGUUUGUCACACAACAGACUCACCACCAUCCAGGGCCUGGAGAAUUUGCCCAUCAGAAUCCUCAACCUGAGCUUUAACCAGAUUGAGAAGGUGAAUGGGCUGAAGACCUUGAAAGCUCUGCAGAGGUUGGAUCUGUCCAAGAAUAAAAUCAACAGUCUGCAAGGCUUGGAGGAGCACAAUCUACUGGAGGUGAUCAACCUGGAGGAUAACCAGGUGGCUGAGCUGAGUGAGCUUAAAUGGAUUGAAGAUCUGCCUCUCCUCAGGGUUUUAAAUCUUCUAAAAAACCCUCUUCAGGAAGAGGAAGGUUAUUGGCUCUCGGCGAUUUUCAUGUUGCUCCAAGUCACAGAACUGGAUCUCAAGGAGGUUUCUGUGGAAGAAAAGGUCGCUGCUGUGAAUAAAGAGGACCCUCCUCCAGAGGUUGUGGCUGCUGAAGAUCACAGGACUCACCUUUCGUACAACUUUCAGCGGCCCCAGAGAGUCCUGGACAGCACUUUGCUUAAUGCUGAUGAGCCCUACCCCAUGCUGGUGUUACUGGGCCCUCUGGCCUGUGGGAAGAGGCAACUUUGUCUCAAAAUCUGCAAAAAACUCAAGAAUUUCUUCAGAUUUGGGCCCUGUCACACCACCAGGACAGCUUAUUUUGGGGAGGAAAACAGACUCGAUUAUUAUUUCAUUUCUCAAGAAGAAUUUGACAAAAUGGUGAAAGCAGGGGAAUUUCUGGCAACCUACGAGUACAGCGGCCACCGCUAUGGACUGGCAAGAGAAACCCUGGAAUCCAUAGCCAGGGAGGGGCUGGGUGCCUGUGUCCACCUGGAAAUUGAGGGUGUUCGUAGCUUGAAAAAUACCCACUUUAAACCCAGGUACGUCCUGCUGGUACCGAGGGACAAAGAGAAAUAUAAAGAACACCUGAGGAGGACAGGAUUGUUCAGCAGGCUGGAGAUCGAGGAGGCGCUGUCCAGAGUGGACGUGUACCUCCAAAUAAACCACGGCUUCCCCGGCUACUUCCACGUGCUCAUCAACACAGAUGAUCUGGACGAGGCGUUCACAGAGCUGACUCACCUUGUGAAGGUCUACCUGGGCUUGGAGCCACCUGAAAUUCUGGACAACAUCGAAGGCAUCAGGAACAGGGCAGAUGGAGUUUCCUGACUCUGAGGAUGGUUCUGGGCUCUGGAUCUCCCAUUCCAGAUAAAUCCCAAGUGAGGGGUGCUCAUGGCUGAACUUUUUCCUCCCAAACUUGAGCAACAAGAGACUGGGAUGACACCGGGACCUCACUUUUUUCCCCAGGAUGGCACAAGGAGCAGGAAAAUCAGGAUAAUAAGAUGAGAAGACAACUUAAAAAUCCACUCCAAGUGAUUCUGGGGUGAUCCACUGUUCCCAAAUUAUCUGUGGUGUGUUUGAAAGAAGCUUUUUAACCCCUGAACAGCCGGGGCUGGAGCCUCAUGGCCACUUCCAUCUAAUCCAAGUGCUUGCUGUCAUUCCUGCUUUUUUUUGUGUCAUGGAAUGGUUCCAUGCAAAAUUUCAUGGAAUUUCUGAGUGAGAAG